CUGUCUUCACUUUGGUUUCGGUGAUGGAAGAUUUGCAGAGGCUACUGCUACAUGACCGUGGUCUAUCAGUUCUAACACUUCCAGAGAAAGGUCGUUGCCUUAUCACCACUCGAGACUUCUCUUACGGAGAAACGAUAUUAAGUGAAGAACCUUAUGUUUCUGUACCAAACAAAACUCCAGUGCAAUCGAGAUGUGAUUGGUGUUUUACAUCUAGUAAUGUGAAACGGUGUUCAUCUUGUCAAGUUGUAUGGUACUGUGGGAGCAGAUGCCAGAAAUCCGAUUGGAAGCUUCACCGUCUUGAAUGCCAGCUACUUGCUCGGCUGGAGAAAAGUAGAAUAAGAUCUCUUACGCCUUCCAUACGUUUGAUGGUUAAACUUUAUCUGAGGAGGAAGUUGCAGGAUGAAAAGGUUAUCCCUACUACUGUGAUAGACAACUACAAUCUGGUGAAGGCUUUAAUAUCUCAUAUCUCAGAAGUUGGAGAGACGCAGUUGGUAUUGUAUGCGCAAAUGGCAAGCCUUGUCAAUAUAAUACUCCAGUGGCCUGGUCUCAACAUCAAAGAGAUUGCAGAAAAUUUCUCGAAGCUUGCAUGCAAUGCACAUACAAUUUGUGAUAGUGAGCUGAUACCGUUGGGAACUGGACUGUAUCCUGUCAUUUCCAUUAUUAAUCACAGCUGCUCUCCGAAUUCAGUUCUGGUAUUUGAGGGACGAAUGGCAACCGUGCGUGCUAUGCAACGAAUACCAAAAGGUAGCGAGGUAUUGAUAAGUUACAUAGAGACAGCAGGAAGCACCAUGACUCGACAGAAGGCUCUGAAAGAACAGUACUUCUUCACUUGCUGUUGUCCCCGUUGCAUAAAACUUGGUCAACAUGAUGAUAUUGAAGAAAGUGCAGUUCUUGAAGGUUAUAGAUGCAAGAAUCACACAUGCUAUGGUUUCUUGCUUCGUGAUCCUGAGAGUAAUGGAUUUAAAUGUCAACAAUGCCAACUUGUAAGGGACAAAGAAGAAAUACUGAAGAUUGCUGGUGAAGAGAAAGCAAUGACAGAGAAGGCAUCAGUUGCACUUUCCUCAGGGCAUACCAAUGAAGCUCUUCACAUGUAUUUGAUGGUUGAGAAACUCCAAGUGAAGCUUUGUCAUUCGUUUUCGAUCAAUCUGAUGCGAACUAGGGAAACUCUCUUAAAAAUAUUGAUGGAUCUGCAAGAUUGGAAGAAAGCACUGACAUAUUGUAGACUGACCAUCCCAGUUUAUGAAAGAGUGUACCCUAGAUUCCAUCCUCUGCGAGGGCUGCAAUAUUAUACCUGUGGGAAGCUUGAAUGGUUACUUGGGUACACAAAAGAAGCCAUCAAAUCGCUCACACAAGCAGUUGAUAUAUUGUGCAUCACUCAUGGAACGACUAGUCUUUUCAUGAAGGACCUUAUCAUUAAAUUGGAAGAAGCACGAGCAGAAGCUUCAUUCAAACUCUCAUCUACGGAUGAUUAGACUGAUUAUGCCGAGGGAUUAACAUCAUUCAAUAUCAUUUUGGCCCAAGGCUACAUGGAGAGUGCUAUACUUUUCAUGGACUCUUUUCGUUGGAGCUGAAACGGAACAAGGUACAAGACAUCAUUCAUUUGGAUUUGGCUAUUUUAGGCACUUAUUUCUAUAAAGAUUUUGUAAGCUUGUUCUACGAAGAUAGCAUAAAUAUUACAUUUGCCAUUAUAGUCGUAAAGUCUUUUUCAUUUACUUGUUAGCAACUUGAGUGUAACAGUUAAAUCAUGUUCCAUGUUAUUUUUUGUUUGCAAGUCAGGGGUCUUCACCCCUUGGGGUAAGGUUUGCGUACAUUAUAGUAUUUUACUCCUAUAUCUUACCUCUGAAUGGGAUAUAGUGCGUUCAUUUUGUUUGGUUUUGGUGCAACAAAUAUUUGGAUGCCUAAACCGUUUGAUGCCAUUGCGGAGAAGAUGAAGGAAGAAACAUAUGCUUUGAGGGCAUGGUUGAAACUCGAUGAGCUACAAUUGUUGCAAAACCUUGUAUGCACCGAAGAACACUUAUGUUUACAUUUUGGGGUUGGUUGUUCCCAAGCAUGAGUGAUGUUAUCGAAGAGGGAUGUGCGAGUCUUGCAACUAUAUUCA